AACCAGGAUCAGCAGAUGAAGGAAGCAGAGGGGCUUUAAGAUGGGCAAGAGGAAGUUCAGUGGCCUGGAAAUCACUCUCAUUGUCCUCUUUUGCCUGGUGGUGGUGGUGGCCAUUAUCCUCAUUGCGCUUUUAGCAACAGGAGUACCUGCAGUCAAAACUACGGAAUUUACACCAGAAUGUCCAAACAUAUUAACAGUGGAGAGAAUUGACUGCAUCCCCGAUCAAACAGCAACAAAGAGCAUCUGUGACUUGCGUGGCUGCUGCUGGAGUCCCCAGAGUGAUACCAGUGUGCCCUGGUGCUAUUUCUCUAAAAACCAUGGGUACGAAGUGGAUGGGUCAACAAGAUCAACUCAAACAGGAUUUGAGGCCACGUUAAGAAGGCUGUCAUCACCUUCUCUCUUUGGAAAAGAUAUCAACACUGUCCUCCUCACAGGAGAGUAUCAGACAGCAAAUCGCUUCCGGUUCAAGAUUACUGAUCCUACAACACAAAGAUUUGAAGUCCCCCAUGAGCAAGUGGGCUCUUUCAGUGGACCUGCAGCCUCCAAUUUAAACUACAGAGUGGAAGUGAGGUCAAAUCCCUUUGGUAUUGUGGUGACCAGAGUGAGCGGGAAAGUGCUUUUUGAUACUACCAUAGGACCACUGCAGUAUGCUGACCAGUUUUUACAGCUUUCAAUCAAGCUACCUAGCAGCAACAUUUAUGGUGUGGGAGAGCAUGUGCAUAAGCAGUACCGACAUGAUCUCAACUGGAAAACCUGGCCUCUAUUCAGCAGGGAUGUUGGUCCCUCUGACCAAAUGCAUAACUUAUACGGAGUUCAGACUUUCUUCAUGUGUUUGGAAGACAGCAGUGGAGCCUCUUUUGGUGUAUUCCUGAUGAAUAGCAACGCCAUGGAGUUCGCACUGCAGCCUGCUCCAGCAGUGACCUACAGAACCAUUGGCGGCAUCCUUGAUUUCUAUAUCUUCUUGGGGAACACUCCAGAGCAAGUAGUGCAAGAGUAUUUGCAGUUUGUGGGACUCCCACUGAUGCCUUCCUACUGGAGUCUGGGCUUCCAGCUCAGCCGCUGGAAUUAUGGCUCUCUGGAUGAAGUGAAGGCUGUUGUGGAGAGGAACCGUCUGAUUGGACUCCCUUAUGAUGUUCAGAUCACUGACAUUGAUUACAUGGAAGGAAAGAAAGAUUUCACAUACGACAAAGUGCUGUUUAGUGAUCUUCCUAAUUUUGCAACUUAUAUGCAUAACAGUGGACAAAAAUAUGUUAUCAUAUUGGAUCCUGCUAUUAGCACACAACCUCUAGUUGAUGGUAGUCAAUAUGGCAGCUACGUCAGGGGGGAGAAUAGGAAAGUCUGGGUCAACGAAUCAGAUGGAGUAACAACAUUAGUUGGAGAGGUGUGGCCAGGGGAAGCCGUGUUCCCAGACUUCACCAACCCAGAGUGCACCAGUUGGUGGGUGGAAGAAUGCAGACUGUUUUAUAACACAGUGCCAUACGAUGGGAUCUGGAUUGAUAUGAACGAAGUGUCCAACUUUGUUCAAGGUUCAAGUAAAGGCUGCGAGCAGAAUGACUUAAACUAUCCUCCAUUCACUCCCAAUAUUGUCGAUAAACUCAUGUUCUCCAAGACACUUUGUAUGGAUGCAGUGCAGAAAUGGGGCAAGCACUACGAUGUCCACAGUCUUUAUGGAUAUUCCAUGGCCAUAGCAACAAGACAAGCCAUCGAAACAGUGCUUCCAGGAAAAAGAAGCUACCUUAUUUCAAGGUCUACUUUUAUUGGAUCAGGAAAGCACACAGGACACUGGCUGGGAGAUAAUGCAGCAACAUGGGAACAGCUAAGAUGGUCAAUACCUGGGAUGCUGGAAUUCAACAUCUUUGGAUUUCCUUAUAUUGGAGCAGAUAUCUGUGGCUUCGUUUUUGACACGACAGAAGAACUUUGCAGACGAUGGAUGCAAGUAGGAGCAUUUUAUCCAUUUUCCCGGAAUCACAAUGCUGAAGGGUACAUACAUCAGGAUCCAGCUGUGUUUGGAGCUGAUUCAGUUUUGGUGCAGACCUCCAAGCACUACCUGAGCAUUCGGUACACCUUGCUGCCCUACUUGUACACGCUGUUUUAUAGAGCUCAUACUCGAGGGGACACAGUUGUACGUCCAGUUUUGCAUGAGUUCUACUCUGAUGAAGGGACGUGGGCAGUUGAUAGGCAGUUCCUGUGGGGUCCUGGGCUACUUAUUUCUGCUGUAAUGGAUCAGGGUGUGGAUAUAAUUGAUGCAUAUAUUCCUGAUGCAGUAUGGUAUGAGUAUGAAACAGGGGCAAGAAUCUCAGAGAGAAAACAAUGGACCAGGAUGUACCUGCCAGCUGACAAACUGGGGCUCCACUUGAGAGGAGGCUAUAUUUAUCCUAUUCAACAGCCAGCCACUACAACAGUUGAAAGUCGCCAGAAUCCACUGGGACUUAUAAUUGCCCUGGAUGAGAACAAUACAGCUUCUGGGGAGUUAUUUUGGGAUGAUGGAGAAUCUACAGGAACAAUUGAGAGUAACAACUACAUUUACUACGAGUUUACAGUUUCCAAUAACCGUCUACAAAUGAAUGUCAUAAACAGUGUUUAUGUUGAUCCAAACAACUUAAAAUUUGAAGAAAUUAAAAUCCUGGGAGUGCUCCAGGAAGUAACGACUGUUACUGUCUCCCUGAACAAUGCAGUGCAAACUUCUUCACAUAAUAUCACCUACUACCCUACAGAGAAGGUUGCUCAUAUAACAGGGCUUCAGCUUGAACUGGGAAGAUCUUACACAGUAGAAUGGACUCAACAACAGAGUAUCAACGAAAGGUUUGAUUGUUAUCCUGGCAUAGAUUCAACACGAGAAAAAUGCGAACAACUUGGCUGUGUCUGGGAUCAGGCACCAUCAGACCCGAAUAGUCCAUCCUGCUAUUUCAGCUCUGACAACGUUUAUUCUGUUGGAGAAGUAGAAUACUCUUCAUCAGGUUUGGCAGCCAACCUGAACUUAAGCAGUGCCAAUACCAGAGCUAAUGACAAUUACACUGCACCAAUUGGUACGCUACGCUUGGAGGUUAAAUACCAUACCAACAGCAUGCUGCAAUUUAAGAUUUAUGAUUACCAGAAUGCACGAUACGAGGUUCCUAUACAAUUAAACCUCCCAACCUCCCCAACAAGUACAGCUGAGGGACGACUCUAUGACGUAUCAAUUCAGAAAAAACCAUUUGGCAUACAGGUUCGACGCAAAAGCACAGGGACAGUUGUCUGGGAUUCACAGCUGCCUACCUUCACAUUCAGCGACAUGUUCAUUCAGAUCUCUACCCGCUUGCCAUCCCAGUAUAUAUAUGGAUUUGGAGAAACUGAGCACACCACGUAUCGACGUAACAUGAACUGGAACACCUGGGGAAUGUUCACAAGGGAUCAGUCUCCUGCUGACCAUUUGAAUUCCUAUGGUCAUCAUCCCUUUUACAUGGCUCUUGAAGAAGAUAGCAAUGCCCAUGGAGUUCUCUUGCUUAACAGCAAUGCGAUGGAUGUGACUCUUCAGCCAACCCCUGCCCUGACAUACCGCACCAUUGGAGGAAUUCUUGACUUCUACAUGGUUUUGGGCCCAACACCAGAGCUCGUUGUUCAGGAGUACACUGAACUAAUUGGACGACCAGUGAUGCCACCUUACUGGUCCUUGGGAUUCCAAUUGUGCCGCUAUGGAUAUAGGAAUGAUUCUGAAGUUGCCCAGCUGGUGGAGGAGAUGAAGGCAACUCAAAUUCCCUACGAUGUCCAAUAUGUAGAUAUUGACCAUAUGGAACGGCAACUGGAUUUCACUCUUAGCUCACGCUUUACUGGGUUACCGGCUCUUGUUAACAAAAUAAAAGGAGAAGGAAUGAGAUUUAUCAUUAUACUGGAUCCAACCAUCUCUGGAAAUGAAACUAAUUAUCCUACCUUCUCAAGAGGUGUGGAUAAUGAUGUCUUCAUGAAGUGGCCAAACAGCAAUGACAUUAUAUAUUCCAAGGUCUGGCCGUUUCUUCCCAAUGUUCAAGUCAAUGAGUCACUGCCUGAGCAAACCCAAAUACAGCUCUUUGGAGCACAUGCAGCUUUCCCAGACUUCCUCCGCAAUUCCACAGUAGAGUGGUGGAAGAGAGAAAUCAUGGAGUUCUACAACAAUCCCACUGAUCCCUCAAAAAGCAUCAAGUUCGAUGGCCUGUGGAUUGACAUGAAUGAACCGGCAACUUUUAUGAACGCUGCAUUUGGUGGCUGUAGAAACGAGAUCCUAAAUAACCCACCGUAUAUGCCUCAUUUGGGAUACCGGUCAGAAGGUUUAACUUACAAAAGUCCAUGCAUGGAAGGUCAGCAAUACCUCCCAGAUGGUACCCCAGUUAGGCACUAUGAUGUCCACAGCCUUUAUGGAUGGGCUCAAACAAGACCUACCCUCGAAGCAUUGCAGAGUGUCACAAGGGAACGUGGGAUUGUCAUCACCCGUUCAACAUAUCCCAGCAGUGGAAGAUGGGCAGGACAUUGGCUGGGUGAUAACGCUGCAGCUUGGGAUCAGUUGUCAAAGUCUAUUAUUGGUAUGAUGGAGUUCAGUCUCUUUGGAAUAUCAUAUACAGGAGCUGAUAUCUGUGGCUUCUUUAAUGACUCAGAGUAUGAGUUGUGUCUUCGUUGGAUGCAGCUGGGUUCAUUCUACCCAUACUCAAGGAACCACAAUGAGAAAGGAACAAAAAGACAGGAUCCUGCUUCCUGGAACUCGACGUUUGUGGACAUUUCCCGGCACGUGAUGAAUAUCAGAUACACUCUGUUGCCCUAUUUGUACACCUUACUGCAUGAGGCCCAUGUCCAUGGCAGUACUGUGGUCCGCCCCGUGCUCCAUGAGUUUGCACAAGAAAGAGCAACCUGGGAUAUUUUUGAGCAAUUCCUCUGGGGACCUGCCCUGCUCAUCAGCCCUGUAAUGGCUCCGGGUGCUGUAACGGUGAAUGCUUACUUACCCAAUGCCCGCUGGUAUGAUUACCACACAGAUGAACAUAUUAAUGCUAGGGGAGAAUACAGAGUUUUAUCAGCUCCUUUGGAACAUAUCAAUCUUCAUAUCCGAGGUGGUUACAUCCUGGCUUGGCAAGAACCUGCUAAUACAACCUUUUUCAGCCGGCAAAACCCGAUGGGACUUACUGUUGCUUUGAAUGACAGUCUGCUUGCAGAAGGACAGCUGUACUGGGAUGAUGGGGUUCGCAUUGAUGCAUAUGAAAAUGGUGCAUACCUGCUUACGUCAUUUAGUGCUCAGCAGAAUGCUUUAGAGAUCAAGGUUGAGCAUCAUGGUUACAGUGAUCCGAACAACCUGAUGUUUACUGAAAUUAAAGUCCUGGGUGUGCCCACCACUGUUCAGCAGGUGAACGUAAUGCAGAACGGUGUGAUAAUUCCAUCAGCUCACGUGCUUUCAUAUGACAGCAGCAAGCAGGUCAUGAGGAUCUUGCAGCUUCAACUUCAUUUAGGACAAAGCUACACAGUGCAAUGGAGUUAAAAAGCCUGCACGAUAGCAUCAGCCAUAUUGCUGUAUUUUCUUGUUCUAGAACUGUCUUUCAGUUUUUCUCCUGCCAUUUUGGCAUCUUAAAAUACACUGUACUUUAAAAACAUAUUAUAUUCAGUUCUUAUCAAGGUGUUAUAUGUCUAAGAGAGACAGGGUUUAGUAUUGUUCAAAGCUAAGUAUAAGCUCUCCAUAUAAUUAAAAAAAUAUAUUUUAAACAGUA